UCAUUUCCUCCCAUCUUCCUCUCUCCAAAAAAAAAAAAGAUCUCAUCAUUGCAAGUUUCUUAUCUCCAUUAUAUUUACACACACUUCUCUUCCCUUUAAUCAUAUCACCCACACCAAUAGAGAGAGAAAAACCCUCCAAAAACUCUCUCAAUUUCACCAAAAUGGAUAUUGCUAAUAAUAACAAAGCAAUAACGCUAAAAGCUAGGGACCAACUCGUUCAAGGCCGUGAGGUGGCCACUGAGCUUCAGCAACUCCUCUUUCAACAUGGGUUGGGUCUUGACUCAGCGGAUGAUCUGGUGGCUAAAAUCUUGGGAUCUUUCAAUAACUCAAUCUCUGCUCUUGAUUCCUUAGAACCCGUCUCCUCCUCCUCCUCUCUUGUCACCGCCGUUGAAGGCUCUCAAAAUGCUUCCUGCGACAACGACGGCAAGCUUGAGGAUUCCGGUGAUAGUCGGAAAAGACUUGGACCCGUUAAGGGUAAAAGAGGAUGCUACAAAAGAAAGAAAAGAUCGGAGACGUGGACUGUAGAGUCGACCGUACUUGAGGACGCAUUUUCAUGGAGGAAGUAUGGACAAAAGGAGAUUCUUAAUGCCAAAUUCCCAAGAAGUUACUUUCGGUGCACACAUAAAUUCACACAAGGGUGCAAGGCAACAAAGCAAGUGCAGAAGCUAGAGCCCGAAUCCAAGAUGUUCAACAUCACAUACAUAGGAAACCACACGUGUAACACCAAAGAAGUAGCACCCAAGAUCAAGCCUUGUGUUCAUCAUGAUGAGAUCAUUAUGCAUUCUGAAGAUAGUCCUAGUUUGACGACCACGAUGAAGGAAGAGGAAGAGAAUCAGCAUCAUGGUUCUUCCACUGAGAGUGACUUGCAAUUAGUGUGGCAAGAAAUAUUGGUCUGUGAAGAAGAACAUCUUCAUCAUCAUCAUGUCGCUAUUUAUGGGUGUGGUGAAACUAGUGCCAAUGGUUUGGAUUCCACAGAUCUUUGGAGUUGGUAGUGAUUUCCGGUUCAGCUGCAAUGAGUAGCUCUCUUACCUCGAACCAAGUUCGAGUCUAGCUUACAUUAUUAUACAAUGGAACAUCUAUAUUUUGUCAUCUUGUCUAGAGAAAUAAUUAUCAGGCUUGUAGAAUGGAGCAUAAAUAUAUUGUCUUCUUCUUCAAUGAGUGUAUGUAUUGUACAUAUUGUAGGAUAUGUAAUAAUACUCUCUACUUUUAUAUUCUCGUCUCUUUAA